AUGUCCAAUCACCUCCAUCCAAGACUCCACCUUCGGGAUACAGAAAUCAUGCCCCAUGAUUCAUUCAUUAACGACGGCCUUGGUGGUGUUUCAGAUUAUGUAAAAAACAAGAAACAAAAAUUAAAUCAACAAAUCAUGAUGGGAAAUGAUGUAAAAUUGAUCAUUCUUGAUUUUUCAAAUUCCUCUUCUUUUGGUGAAAAUUGUGAUGAGAAUAAUCUUCGGAAAUUGGAAUUAUUAUUGCAAUGGAAAUUCUCAAUGCAACAAGAAGGGAAGAAGAAAUGGUUAUUGAACCGAGAAUUGAAAUAUAAACAUUUCUUUCCUGUUGAGUUUAUGAAUGACAAGGAAUUUGUUUUGAAUCACAUCAAAAAGUAUGGUUAUGGAUUGGAAUAUGCAUCCAUGCAAUUAAAACAAGAUCCAGAUUUUGUUUUGAAAGUGAUUCAACAACAAGGAAAUCAAAUACAAUUUGCGAGCAAGAAAAUCCGUGGUGAUAAAGAAGUGGCAUUUGAAGCGGUAAAACAUAGCACAUGUGCAUGGAAAUGUGUUUCUUCAGAAAUUAAAAGGGACAAAGAAUUUUCUUUUCAGAUAGUUCAACAGAAUGGAUUAGCUUUGUGUUAUGCACCUAAGGAGUUUAAGAAAGAUAGAGAAAUUGUUUUAGCUGCUGUAAUGCAAAAUGUUGAAGCAUUUGAAUAUGUCCAAGAUCAUUUGAUAUCAGACAAGGAAAUUGUAUUGGAAGCAAUCAAACAAAAUAAGAAGGCUCUUCAAUUCAUUUCAAAAGAUUUAUUGAAAGAUUGUGAAUUCAUGUUGACAAUUCUCAAAUUAAUAUUUCCAGAAUUUUCUCAUUUAAAUUCUUUUGAUUAUUCACAAAGAGAUAUCAUGAUGAAACUUGUUGGAGAAUAUGGGAGGACACUUGAAUUUGCAAGUGAUGAACUCAAGAAUAAUCGAGAAAUUGUUUUGAAUGCAGUCAAAAAUGAUGGUUUGUCACUUGAAUUUUCAUCUGAUGAUUUGAAGAAUGAUCGAGAAAUUGCAUUAAUGGCUGUUCAACAAAAUGGUUUCUCUUUGAGAUAUGUCUCUGAUGAAUUGAAGAGAGACAAACAAGUUGUGUUAAAUGCUAUCAAUGAACAUGGAUAUUCUCUUCAAUAUGCCUCUGAUGAAUUGAAGAAUGAUAAGGAAGUGGUAUUGACGGCUGUAAGACAAAAUGGCUAUGCCCUUGAACUUGCAUCGGAUGGAAUGAAAAACGACCGAGAAGUUGUAAUGGCUGCUGUAAGAGAAGAUGGCAAUGCUCUCGAAUAUGCUGGUGAGAUGACGACUUGUGACCAAGAAAUUGUUUUAGAAACAAUCAAAAAUGAUGGUUCAUUGGAAUAUGCUUCCCGAGACCUUUUAUGUAACAAACAAUUCUUGCUAGAAGUUGUGAAAUGUGGAUAUAAUGACCUUCUAGACCAUUUGUCAAAUGACAUUGUGUUUGACAAGGAAUUUUUGUUACAAGCAAUCAAACUGAACAGUCUUUCCGUUGUAUCGUCUCACCGUCGUCAUAUAGUAUCCGACAGGGAAAUAAUGUUAGAAGCAGUGAAGAACAAUGGAUAUGCAUUAUUUUACACAUAUAAUCAAUUAUACAAUGAUCCUGAAUUUGUGAUGGAAGCUCUCAAGUGCAAUGGAUACGUUGAGGAAUAUAGUGACGAAUUCUAUCAAGUAAGAAUGCUCUAUUGUUAUCAUGACGCUUAUUUGGGGAAGGAUCACUGA